AUGUCUGAACUCUGCGAGCUGAGAUCGCAGGUGAUGCAGCGACAAACUGCAGCCGCCGAGGAGACGCUGGCUCUGCUCGAGGAGACGCUGGCCGAGUACGAGCUGAAAAACUCUCGCCUGAAACUGAAGGUGGAGAGGCAGCAGAGGCUCCUGGACGCCAUCUUGCUGCCGGAGAACACAGGAAAGAGUGUAUUACCCUGCUCACUCUGUGGUACAGGGUUUACCGAGAAAGGAAACCUCACGAAACACAUGAGAAUCCACACUGGAGAGAAACCGUUCGUCUGCUCACUCUGUGGUAAAGGGUUUACACAGAAAGGAAACCUCACGAAACACAUGAGAAUCCACACUGGAGAGAAACCGUUCGUCUGCUCACUCUGUGGUAAAGGGUUUACACAGAAAGGAAACCUCAAGAAACACAUGAGAAUCCACACUGGAGAGAAACCGUUCGUCUGCUCUGUCUGUGGUAAAGGGUUUACCGUAAAAGGAAUCCUCAACAGACACAUGGAAAUCCACACAGGAAAGAGUACAUUCCCCUGCUCACUCUGUGGUACAGGGUUUACACGGAAAGGAAACCUCACGAAACACAUGAGAGUCCACACUGGAGAGAAACCAUUCGUCUGCUCACUCUGUGGUAAAGGGUUUACACGGAAAGGAGACCUCAAGCGACACAUGAGAAUCCACACUGGAGAGAAACCGUUCGUCUGCUCACUCUGUGGUAAAGGGUUUACCACGAGUGGAUACCUCAAUGGACACAUGAGAAUCCACACUGGAGAGAAACCGUUCGUCUGCUCACUCUGUGGUAAAGGGUUUACCACGAGUGGACACCUCAAUGGACACAUGAGAAUCCACACUGGAGAGAAACCAUUCGUCUGCUCCGUCUGUGGUACAGGGUUUACUGAGAAAGGAACCCUCAAGAUACACAUGAGAAUCCACACUGGAGAGAAACCGUUCCCCUGCUCACUCUGUGGUAAAGGGUUUACCACAAAAGGAAACCUCAAUGAACACAUGAGAAUCCACACUGGAGAGAAACCAUUCGUCUGCUCCCUCUGUGGUAAAGGGUUUACCAAGAAAGGACACCUCAAAAGACACAUGAUAAUCCACGUUGGGGAGAACCUGUGGAGCAACCAGAGGAGGAUGCAGUGGCAGAAAAACCUACAAAAGAGGGAGGUGGAGCCAAAAAACAUGGGCCAAGAGAUCAUCAACAUCAUGAUCAAAGUCACAACUCACCCUUUUCAAGCAACCAACAUGAGAACUGCUUCCAUUGUGAUGUCUGAACUCUGCGAGCUGAGAUCGCAGGUGAUGCGGGAACAGACUGCAGCCGCCAAGGAGACGCUGGCUCUGCCGGAGGAGACGCUGGCCGAGUACAAGCUGCAAAACUCUCGCCUGAAACUGAAGGUGGAAAGGCAGCAGAGGCUCCUGGACGCCAUCUUGCUGCCGGAGGUGCGACUGCACAGAGUGGUGUGUAAAGAGGAGGUCCCCCCUGAGCAGCUUCAGCGGACCCCCAGUCUGGAGUUUGAGCCCCCACACAUUAAGGAGGAACAGGAGGAACUCUGCACCAAUCAGCAAGGAGAGCAGCCUCAGGAUAUCACCAGGCUGCCGUUCACUGCUGUCCCUGUGAAGAGUGAGGAUGAUGAAGAGGAAGCUCACUGUGGUAAAGGGUUUACACGGAAAGGAGCCCUCAGGAUACACAUGAGAAUCCACACUGGAGAGAAACCAUUCGACUGCUCACUCUGUGGUAAAGGGUUUACCACGAGUGGACACUUCAAUGGACACAUGAGAAUCCACACUGGAGAGAAACCAUUCAUCUGCUCACUCUGUGGUAAAGGGUUUACACAGAAAGGAAACCUCAAGCGACACAUGAGAACCCACACUGGAGAGAAAUCAUUCGUCUGCUCACUCUGUGGUAAAGGGUUUAUCGAGAAAGGAAACCUCAAGAUACACAUGAGAACCCACACUGGAGUCAAACCGUUCCCCUGCUCACUCUGUGGUAAAGGGUUUAUCAUGAGUGGAUACCUCAAGCGACACAUGAGAACUCACACUGGCGAGAAACCAUUCGUCUGCUCACUCUGUGGUAAAGGGUUUACCGAGACAGGACACCUCAAUGAACACAUGAGAACCCACACUGGAGAGAAACCAUCCGUCUGCUCCGUCUGUGGUAAAGGGUUUACACAGAAAGGAAACCUCAAAAGACACAUGAUAACCCAUCUUCAGCGGACCCCCAGUCUGGAGUUUGAGCCCCCACACAUUAAGGAGGAACAGGAGGAACUCUGCACCAAUCAGCAAGGAGAGCAGCUUCAGGAUAUCACCAGGCUGCCGUUCACUGCUGUCCCUGUGAAGAGUGGUAAAGGGUUUACACGGAAAGGACACCUCAAGAUACACAUGAGAACCCACACUGGAGAGAAAUCAUUCGUCUGCUCACUCUGUGGUAAAGGGUUUACACAGAAAGGAAACCUCAAGACACACAUGAGAAUCCACACUGGAGAGACACCAUUUGUCUGCUCACUCUGUGGUAAAGGGUUUACACAGAAAGGACACUUCAAGCUACACAUGAGAAUCCACACUGGAGAGAAACCGUUCCCCUGCUCACUCUGUGGUAAAGGGUUUACAUGGAAAGAAACCCUCAAGAUACAUAUGAGAAUCCACACUGGAGAGAAACCAUUCGUCUGCUCCAUCUGUGGUAAAGGGUUUACCGAGACAAGACACUGCAAGGAACACAUGAGAAUCCACACUGGAGAGAAACCAUUCGUCUGCUCCGUCUGUGGUAAAGGGUUUACUGAGAAAGGACACCUCAAGCGACACAUGAGAACCCACACUGGAGAGAAACCAUUCAUCUGCUCCCUCUGUGGUAAAGGGUUUACACAGAAAGGACACCUCAAAAGACACAUGAGAAUCCACACUGGAGAGAAACCAUUCAUCUGCUCACUCUGUGGUAAAGGGUUUACACAGAAAGGAAACCUCAACAUACACAUGAGAACCCACACUGGAGAGAAAUCAUUCGUCUGCUCACUCUGUGGUAAAGGGUUUAUCGAGAAAGGAAACCUCAACAUACACAUGAGAAUCCACACUGGAGAGAAACCGUUCCCUUGCUCACUCUGUGGUAAAGGGUUUAUCGAGAAAGGAAACCUCAACAAACACAUGAGAAUCCACACUGGAGUUAAACCGUUCGUCUGCUCACUCUGUGGUAAAGGGUUUAUCGAGAAAGGAAACCUCAACAAACACAUGAGAACCCACACUGGAGUUAAACCGUUCGUCUGCUCACUCUGUGGUAAAGGGUUUACCAUUAGUGGACACCUCAAGCGACACAUGAGAACCCACACUGGAGAGAAACCGUUUGUCUGCUCACGCUGUGGUAAAGGGUUUACCGAGACAGGACACCUCAGUGACCACAUGAGAACCCACACUGGAGAGAAACCAUCCGUCUGCUCCGUCUGUGGUAAAGGGUUUACACAGAAAGGACACCUCAAAAGACACAUGAGAAUCCACACUGGAGAGAAACCAUUCAUCUGCUCACUCUGUGGUAAAGGGUUUACACAGAAAGGAAACCUCAACAAACACAUGAGAACCCACACUGGAGAGAAAUCAUUCGUCUGCUCACUCUGUGGUAAAGGGUUUAUCGAGAAAGGAAGCCUCAAGAUACACAUGAGAAUCCACACUGGAGAGAAACCGUUCCCCUGCUCACUCUGUGGUAAAGGGUUUAUCGAGAAAGGAAACCUCAACAAACACAUGAAAAUCCACAUUGGAGAGAAACCAUUCAUCUGCUCACUCUGUGGUAAAGGGUUUGUCGAGAAAGGAAACCUCAACAAACACAUGAGAACCCACACUGGAGUUAAACCGUUCGUCUGCUCACUCUGUGGUAAAGGGUUUAUCAUGAGUGGACACCUCAAGCGACACAUGAGAACCCACACUGGAGAGAAACCAUCCGUCUGCUCCGUCUGUGGUAAAGGGUUUACACAGAAAGGAAACCUCAAAAGACACAUGAUAACCCAUGUUGGGGAGAACCUGUAG